GUUUAUUUACAUCCGGGCAACGUCUUAUGAAAUAUGGCGGAAAUACCACGAAAUAAAUCCAGCUGAAUGCAUUUCAUAAGCAUUUGAAAUGUAUUCUGGGGUAAUCGGGUAUCUAAAUUGGUUGCAUACAUUACAUAUACACACUUAGACGCAAUUUAGACUAAAAUGGACAACAUAGAAUCCGUGGUUGGAGGUCUGGGUAGCGACAGAUUGCCUGCAAAUUUGCCCCCGGAGGUCGAAGAGGGUAACAUUGAAUACAAGUUAAAACUGGUGAAUCCGAGCCAGGAGCGUGUGGAACAUCUGGUGACACAGAUGAAGUGGAGGCUAGAGGAGGGCCAAGGGGAGGCAAUCUACGAGAUAGGGGUGGAGGACAACGGGCUGCUGGUUGGCCUGCGCGAGGAGGAGCUGCGGAUGUCUGUACACACCCUUGAGACAAUGGCUGAUAGACUAGGUGCAACCCUCACUAUUCUCAGAGAUAGGUACAUCAGCAGUGAAGAUGGGGAUGAAGAGAAGAGGGCGCUGGAAAUUCUUGUUAGAAAAGUCCCUGAUGAUCAAAAGUUUAUAGAUCUCCGCCUGACAGUGCUGGGUAACGUAGACUCAGGCAAGUCCACCCUGCUGGGCGUGCUGACCCACGGGGAGCUGGACAACGGACGGGGCCGGGCACGGCUCAACCUCUUUAGGCACCUGCACGAGAUCCAGACAGGGCGCACAUCCUGUAUCAGCCAUGAAAUACUGGGCUUUAAUGAUAAAGGGGAGGUGGUCAACUACAGCGAGUCUCGGUCUGUAGAGGAGAUCUGUGAGCACUCAAGCAAGCUCAUCACGCUGAUAGACCUCGCGGGACACCACAAGUACCUCAAGACCACGAUAUUUGGUCUCACCUGCUACUCACCGGACUUCUCCAUGCUUGUAGUCAGUGCCAACACUGGCAUGGCUGGAACAACCAAAGAGCAUCUCGGGUUUGCCCUGGCGCUGAAGGUUCCCAUCUUUGUGGUGGUGACCAAGAUUGACAUGUGCCGCAAGUUCCUCAUAGAAAAGACUGUGUCCCAGCUGGAGAAGAUACUCAAGUCCCCUGGCUGCAAGAAGAUACCACUCCGUAUAGACACGGAGGAUGACGCUAUUACUGCUGCUCAGAACUUUGACACCGAUAGGAUUGUGCCGAUCUUUCGUGUAUCAUCUGUGAGUGGUGCCAACCUAGAUCUCCUCUACAAGUUCCUGAAUGUCAUACCACCGCUGAACAAGGACCGGGACCGGAUGGUCCAGCUGCCCACAGAAUAUCAGAUAGACGGAGUGUUCACAGUGCCAGGUGUGGGCAACGUUGUAGGGGGCAGGCUGCACACUGGUUCUGUUCGUGAAGGGGACACUCUGAUGCUGGGUCCAUAUGACGACGGCCAGUUCCAGCCUGUGCAGGUUAAGACUGUACACAGGCACAGACUGCCGUGCAGGCUAAUACAGGCUGGCCAGGCGUCCUCUGUGGCCCUCGUGAAUGUGGAGAGAGAGAACCUCAGAAAGGGCAUGGUUCUGGUAAGCCAGGAGCUGGUAGGUGCCUACCUUGAGUUUGAAGCAGACAUCUACGUUCUCUACCAUGACACAAAGAUCUGCACAGGAUUCCAGACCACAGUGCAUAUAGGAAAUGUCUGCCAGACAGUGCAGAUAAUGAAGAUCAAGGACAAGAACUCCAUCAAAACCAAUGAGAAGGCCCAGGUUGUAUUUAAGUUCAUCAAACAGCCAGAAUACAUCCGAGUUGGUUGUCGGCUCCUCUUCAGGCAGGGUACCACAAAAGGGGUAGGGGAGAUCAUCAAACUGUAUCCAUACACUGAUACUCUAGAUCGAUAAAAGUUGUUGCCCUUUAGUAUAAAUUUGAUUUAAAUAGUUAAUUUAUUUGUGCAAUUAUGUCUUUCAUUGUGUGCAGUCUGUGACUUGAAAUGAAUGUCGUAAAAAAUGACGCUGUCUUGAUUUUUCAACUAUUUUAGGAAAAUGAUUAUGCAAAUCUUAAAUUAUUGUUAAAAAAAAGAAAAAUGUUUUACUUUGUUUUUGUGUGUUUUUGUUGUUUUUUCCUUUUGUUGCAACUAUGUUAAGUGUGUAUUAAUUUUUAAUCUGGCAUUUUCCUUAGGUUUUCAGUAUUUUGUUAAGAUUUUUAUGUUAAUGCAGUUGCUUAUGUAUAUUUCUUGUGCCAUUCACAUUUUAGUUCUUUUAAUAAGAAUUUUUAAUUGGUCUUUAAAAUCCUAAUAAUCUAUAAUGGUAAUUAUGUGUCAUGAGUCCCUUUAAAACCUUGUGUUGGUUAGAGUGUAAUUGUUAUCCUGUUUAAAUGUUAGUGUUUGUGUACUUGUUUUCCCUGCUUUGUAUAAUUGACAUACAAACACGUUCUAAAAUAAAUACAAUCUCAUGUGGUAUUCUGUCAAAAAAAAUUCCUAUUUUUAUAAGAAAUGAGGUCCUGUAAACAUAAUGAUAUAAUGAUUUCUUUUUGUACUCUUAAGAUCGAGAAUUGUUUUUCGUGAGAUAUUUUUAUUUAUUUUAUUGUUUGUAAUAUUCUUAUAGCCCGACGAAAUUGAUAUGCACUUGUGAACCCAAUAAGUAAAAAUAUACCUGAAGGUGAUUGCAAGGUUAAUCUUGGCGAGUUAUAACUACAUAUGCCCCCCUUAGAAGAAGAUUGUAUAUUGUUUUGCUGGAUGUCGGUCGGUCUGUCUGUCUGUCGGUAGAUGAGUUCGUUUCCAAUCAAUAACUCGUUGAAAAAAUGGCUUGAUACUUCACAUUUGCAUUGGCCUUGGACAGUAGAUGACCCCUAUACAAAUUGGGGUCACUUGGACAAAGGUCAAGGUCAAUGUCACAAUAAGUGUGAAUAAUUGUUUCCAAUCAAUAACUCAUCAACAAAUUAACCUAUUGGCUUGAUACUAAAACAUGUGAUUGGUCUUGGGCAGUAGAUGACCCUUAUUAGCUCACCUGAGCGAUAGCUCCGUCCUCACCUCUCCGAUAGUCCGUCCGUCCGUCUGUCUGUAAACAAUUUGUAAACAUCUUCUUCUACUAAACCAUUGAGCCAAUUUCAACUAAAUUUCAUGUGGAGCAUCCCUAGGUCAUGGUGGGACAAAAGAAUUGUUAAAAAAAAUUGAUCACAUAACCAAGAUGGCCGCCAUGACCAUAUAUGGUAAAAACCUUAAAAAAUCUUCUUGUCAGAAACCGCUAAUCAGAUUUUCAAAAAAUUUCACAGGGAUGACCUUUGAAGGCUCCCCUGAAAAAGUUGUUCAAAGAAAUUUGAUUCGUCAAAAAACAUGGCCGCAGGAGCUCGUUGAACUUUGCAUGUUUAUUCGUUUUUGCCUAUUUUGUGAAAACUUUCAAAAAUCUUCCACAUUUUUUGUCCGAUCCUUUCCAAAUUUGCACAGUGUCUUUAUAUCAAUGAGGACACGAACCCUACAAAAAAAUGAGCAUUAUUGGUCCAUGAAGUACAGAAUUACCUCCCCUUGAAUUGAGAAAAUGGUGUUUAUGCAAUAAAGUCCAAAUUUUUCAUCCAAUUCUUUCCAAACUUGUAAGGAUUUAGCAUGGUUCAAACAAGGGAAACAACUACGGUUUAUGCAUGUUCUUUUUUUUUACAGAUUUGCCUCCCUUUAAUUCAUUCAAAAUCUCAUUUUACAGCAGAGAUUCCAAAUCUGACCUGUAAAUGUGCCCCAUAUUUACUGCCAGUGCUAGGUUACCUUUUCCCAUUUGAUCAUUCUUAAGUAUUGGUCUUGUAAUGCUGCUACUGCUUCUGCUACUGCUACUGCUACUACUACUACUACUACUACUACUACUUCUACUACUACUACCACUACUACUACUACUACUACUACUACUACUACUACUACUACUACUACUACUACUACUACUACUACUACUACUUCUACUACUACUACUAGUACUACUACUACUAGUACUACUACUACCACCACCAUCACCACCACCACCACCACCACCACCAUUACUACUUCUACUACUACUGCCACUACUACUACUACUUUUACCACAACUACUACCACUACUACUACUACUACCACUACUACUACUACUACUACUACUACUUCUACUACUACUACUACUACUACUACUACUACUACUACUUCUACUACUACUACUACUACUACUUCUACUACUACUACUACUACUACUACUACUACUACUACUACAACUACUAUUACUACUACUACUACUACUACUACUACUACUACUACUACUACUACACCACCACCACCACCACCAUUCACAGUGACAAAAAACGUAUUCACACAAUGGCUGCUUCUACAACUUAUAGCCCAUAUAGGGGGGGCAUGCAUGUUUUACAAACAGCCCUUAUUUCUAUGGGAUUUUAACCACAACUGUUCAUGUUUAUCUCCGACACAUAUUUUUAGGUCACCUGUCAUGAAGUGACACAGUGAGCUUAUGUGAUCGUGUGAUGUCCGGCGUCCGUUGUGCGUGCCUGCGUGUGUCCGUGCGUCCGUCCGUCAACAAUUUGUUUGUGUAGACAGUAGAGGUCACAGUUUGCAUCCAAUCUUGAUGAAAUUUGGUCAAAAUGUUUAUCUUGAUGAAAUCCGGUUUGGGAUUGUAUUUGGGUCAUCUGGGGUCAAAAACAAGGUCACUAGGUCAAAUAAUAGAACAACCUUCUGUAGACAAUAGAGGUCACAGUUUUCAUCCAAUCUUUAUGAAAUUUGGUCAGAAUGUUUAUCUUGAUGAAAUCUGGGUUGGGAUUUUAUUUGGGUCAUCUGGGGUCAAAAACUAGGUCACUAGGUCAAAUAAUAGAAAAACCUUGUGUAGACAUUAGAGAUCACAGUUUUCAUCCAACCUUUAUGAAAUUUGGUCAGAAUUCUUGAUGAAAUCUGGGUGGGAUUGUAUUUGGGUCAUCUGGGGUAAAAAUCUAGGUCAAAUAAAUAGAAAAACCUUGUGUUGACAAUAGAGGUCACAGUUUUCAUCCAAUAUUUAUGAACUGUGGUCAGAAUGUUUAUCUUGAUGAAAUCUGGAUUGGGAUUGUAUUUGGGUCAUCUAGAGUCAGGAACUAGGUCACUUGGUCAAAUCAUAGAAAAACAUUGUGUAGACAAUAGAGGUCAUAAUUUUCAUCUGAUCUUAAUGAGUCAGGUGAGCGAUUCAGGGCCAUCAUGGCCCUCUUGUUGAAAUUGGGGUCACUGGGUCAAACGUCAAGGUCACUGUCAAAAUAAGUGUGAAAAUUGUUUCUGAUCAAUAACUCCUCAACGAAUAGACCGAUUGGCUUGAUACUUUACAUGUGCAUUUGCAUUGGACAGUAUAUGACCCCUAUUGAAAUUGGUGUCAUUAGGUCAAAAGUCAAUGUCACUGUCGCAAUAAAUGUGAAAAUUGUUUCUGAUCAAUAACUCGUCAAUGAAUUGACUGAUUGGCUUGAUACUUCACAUGUGCAUUGGCCUUGGACAGUAGAUGACCCCUAUUGAAAUUGGAGCCACUAGUUCAAAGCCUUGUUAUGGGGGGCAUAUGUCUCCGGCCGCGGAACUCUUGUUAUGGGUUUGUUUCUCAAGUUUUACGCAAAAUGAUCAUGAGAUAUCCCAUUGACAUGUUCUUUCUAUACCGUAUUUGCUUGUGUCAAUUUUGAAAAGCAACAUAAUAAUAAGUGCAUUGGGCAACUUUAUGUCAACUGGUUUGUUGUGAGUUUAAAAUCAUUUCGUAAAUGAUAAAAUAACAAUUUUUAUACUACACAUUUAUUGAAUAAUUGUAAAAUACAUAGUUACAAAUCAUAUUUCUUAAUUUAAAAUCAUGAAGUUUGUUGUUCUUAUAUGUAGUUUUUUUUGUGAGGAGCUGCUAAAUAUAUUAAGUGAUCAUGUACAUUUGUGAGACAUCUAAUGUCUUUUGUGCAUGUUUAUGUUCAACUGUUAGAAUGUAAUAAAAUCAAGACCUUGCUCUUCAUUAUAAAAUUACCGGCAUUCUGAUAAACUGGGCUUAAUGCAUGUGAGUUAAAUGUCAUCCUAGAUUAGCUUGUUAGGUACGCCAUUGCAAAUCAGGAACGACACUUUCCACUUUGAAUGGAAAUUUUUGUUCAAUCAAAGUUGUUUUUAAACUAAAAUCCUGUCCAUAUGCAAAGUGUUUUUCCUGAUUAGCCCUUGCAGACUCAUUAGCCUGUCCUGUGUAAUUAUAUGAGUCGCGUUCUGACAAAACUGGGCAUAACGCAUGUGCGUAAAGUGUCAUCCCAGAUUAGUCUGUGCAGACGACACUUUCCGCUUUUAUGACAUGUUUCGUGAAAAUGAAUUUUCUUCUUAGCAAAAAUCCAAUUUGGGCGGAAAGUGUUGUCCCUGAUUAGCCUGUGCGGACUGCACAGGCUAAUCUGGGACGACACUUUACGCACAUGCAUUAUGCCCAGUUUUGUCAGAAAACGACUCAUAUUUUUAUCAUACUGUCCUGUAUCAUAUUUCGAUCACUGUUAAACUAUGUAUUGCUUAACUGUAUUGUAAUUGUUGAAUUAAAGAUCUGAUUUUUAAAGCCUAAUUUUUAUAAUCCUUUGUGAAUUCAUAUUUUUACUGUUUUGUACAUCUUUGAUUGUAAGGUAAUCAUGUAAAGUUUAUUGAUGUUGUAGUUUCUUUUCGACUGAUGUUAUUGCAAAAUAUGUCUCUAGUUCCUUUUAUAUUGACCUUAGUUUUCAAUUUUCAUGCAGUGUUAUUUACUUAAGUUGUUAUGUAUGAAGUUAAAAAAAAUUAAACUGUG